AUGGGCUCCAGGGGGCAGACGCUCGGCGCGCUCCCUGCCGCCCAGCUCCCCAGCCCUGGACGAGGCCUGGCUGAGCCCUGUGAUCUGGACCAUGCUGGUGCCAGGCCUGGGCCCCUGAAGAGGGCGUGGGCCACAGACUCGCUGCCCCGGAAGGCGCUGUUGGGAACCGGUGGCCCCACCUGGGAACUGCAUUUCAGCGGCCAGGGGAAAAUGCAGUCUGGCAUCCUGGAGAUCACAGCUGUGGAGGUGGGCGUGGUGGCCAUCAAGGGACUGUUCUCUGGACGCUACCUGGCCAUGAACAGGAGAGGGCGGCUCUAUGCUUCGUGCUCCAUGGCAGAGGCCAUGCUGAGCGGGCUCCAGGGUGAAGCACAGCGGCCGGGUCUGCUGGAACUCUCCCCAGUGGAACGAGGCAUCGUGACCAUCUUUGGUGUGGCCAGCCGGUUCUUCGUGGCUAUGAGCAGCAAAGGCAAGCUUUACGGCUCGCCCUUCUUCACCGACGAGUGCAAAUUCAAGGAGAUCCUUCUCCCCAACAAUUACAACGCCUAUGAGUCCCACGCCCACGCUGGCAUGUUCAUCGCCCUCAGCAAGAACGGGAGGACCAAGAAGGGGAAUCGGGUGUCGCCCACCAUGAAGGUCACCCACUUCCUCCCCAGGCUGUGA